GGUUGCCAUACAUUAUUCCGAGAUGCCAAGGGGAGACUAGAGGAUGACAUCAUGGAGAAAAGUGGUCACCACACAGUGGCAACACUAGACAGGUCUGGAACUGCAUCUGCCACCAGAUGGGCUACUAAUGAAGCCUCCAGUGGCUGGCCAGACCUGGACAAAAUGAACGUCUCCCCCGUGAUCCACCACCUUGUGGAAAACAUGUCAGAAGAGCAAUGGAAAGUUGUCCACAAGACAUUGUGUGAACCUAAAGCCAUGCCUGAACUUGGACAUAUGUGUUCAAACAUAGUCAAGGCAGUAACCCAGACAACCAGUCAACACCUCCUUCCGGCUCUCAGCAAGAUGCUGGGCAUGCCUGUGCGGUCUCUGAUUCAGUCAGGAAUGGCUAAACCAAGUAAACCUUCACACUGGUCCCAGAUUGCUCAAUACCAGACAACUCUGUGCGAGUUGUUUGGAAUCACUGAGGAUUCCAUUUGCCAGAAUCUCCGUGAUUGCCGUCACCAGUGUGAGCGGGACGUUGUUGGACUGGUGUUUUGGCACGUGAACUCGGUCAUUAACUUGGCUCUCAAACAGCACAUCCUGAAAGGAGGAAGACCGCCUGAGUUCAGCAUAAAAGAAUCAACUAUCAAGACCGCAAAGGACCUGGUGCGUGCUGUGUCUACCCAGGUCAAUAGCACAUCUGCAGACAGGUCCUCAUCAAUGACACAGGUUUCAUCACUUGAAAAAGACUCCGUCACUAACUCUGGUCUGAUAUCGGUAACGAGAACCAUCAUCAAUGCCAUCACGGAUCACAUGAACAACUGCUUGGAUGGAGAGGAACUGAAGCAGGUGGGGGAGAUUAUCUCUGCUGUGGCUGAGAGGGUCAACAUGCUGGCAUCCCAGAAUGCAUUUCUGGAGAGUCCUCUUUGCAGCGGCCUUCCCAAACUCACUCAAGAUCAGUUGGUUGAUGGCGAGGAUUUUCUUCGAUCUCGAAACCUGCAAAAACUGUCCACUGACAAAUUCCAUGCAAAAGCAACUAAGGCAGUAAGUGAUGUCCUCAUGAAAAACUUAAAUUGUCUGCCUAGCAGAGGAGCUUCCAGCGUGCAAUGUCAUUGCGUAGCAAAGUGCAAUCAUCUCUCGCCAUCUUGUCGCUCUGUAGAUCAGGAUGCAUCAGCUGUACUUGAGACAUUUAUUAAGGAGAUUAAAAACCUUGCCCAGUACACACACUGUACAACUGAAGCAGAGGAUGGGAAUAAACCAACUCAGGAUACCCACAAUCAUUAUGCAGCAUCUCGCAGUAAUGACAGAAGCAAGGCCAUAGCUGCAGCCCAUAUGAUGUUCUACAAAGUGCAGAUGAAACUAAUGGAGCUUUAUUCCCAGCCAUCACUGAAAAAGAGCUGUGCUUCACUUGCUGGUACAGAGGACGCAUCAGUCAUUGAUCAGUUGUAUCAGCUUCAGGUUGACUCAGCCACAAGGGAUGUGGUGAAGGAGAUACUGAACACCUUGAAUGACAAGGAUUUGGAUGAAGAAAGUUCCAGCAACUUGGAGUGCAGCUCUUCACAGGUGUCUAUGGAGGCACGUGAGUUUGUUGACGGCAUCAUGAAACAGCUUGAGAACUUCACUGGUUCCACCUCUGAAGAAUCCACAAAUUCACUUGCAUCGUCAGAGCAGGAUUUCUCUGUGAAAAGUUCACAGGUGAGCAGGGUCAGCAGCAAAUACUCUGAGAUCUGUGUUUCGAACCUUCAGGUGCUCAUGUGCGAGAAGUUUUUGACUGAGGCCUCAAAAACCGUGAGUAAAACGCUGUUGAAGUCCAUUGGAAGCCAGAGUUCUUCAUCUUUCAGCAGUCAGAAGCUACAAUCUGAUGCAUCUGGUUUACCUGAGGAACCUAAGAAUAUUGAUCUGGCAGCCUUCGAUAUCACUCAGAACUUUGUGUCUGAAAUUAAGCUCUGUGCUGCAUCAAUUGAGGCACUUGCGCCAGAAUCACAGAUGAAUGGUGACCUUUUAAAGAGUGGAGGAACAUUUUCAUAUACAGCCAAUGGACAACUUGAAGGAGCAACUCAGCAUUUCCAGAAAACAAUCAUGACCUCUGUUAAAGGUAUUUACAAAAGUAUGCAUGACAAAGUUAAACAGUUCUAUUCUCAGUAUGAAUCCGAUCAGAAUAAAACAGCAUCAGUUCAACAAGACUAUUCUUCAGAACAAGAGGAACAUGCAGAGGAAUUGACAUCUUCUGGUUAUGAAAGGGUUGACAACAGUACAAAAGAAAUUAUCAGACAGCUCUCCUGUUUGGUUAAAACAGCAAUAUCAUCUGAAGGAAACUUAACCAACCCUGCUUGUGUAAAGUCUUAUGCUUCACUCAAAUCCAGUACAUUUGUGGAUGAUGUGAUAUCUGAACUCAAGAACAUGUCUGCUUCUGCCGAUGUCACAUCCCUGGACAUGUUAACAGCAGAUCUUCAUGACUCCGUUUCUUUAAUUGAGAAACUUUCCAACACAGAAUUUCAGGCAAAAGCAUCUCGCCAAGUGAACGAAGUCUUGCUUAAGUCUGUGAUAAGCCACUCAUCACUUGAGGAUUCAGAGCUGUGUGGUAAUGCAACAGGUGACUCAGAUUGCAUCGAUGUCCGCAGUUUCCUCCCAUCGGUUUCUCAAUCACAGUCCAUUGCCUAUGAUUUAGUUGGAGAGGUCAUUGAGGAGACCGUCGAAUGUCUCAUCAGCUCAGGAUUCUACUCUCUCACCCAAUCAACAGCCAGUGACAUAGUCGAGAAUGUUACAGGGGCCAUGAAGGACCUUCUGGAGGUCAAAUUGGCUGCCAAAGCUUUGCAGCACACCAAGGGGGACGAUGCAGGAGCUAUCAGCGCCCGUCUCAUGGUCAACAGGAUGUGCUUGACCGCUAACAAUAUUUUCACAAACAUCAAGAAAAGGGCAGCAAAAUGUUUGCAUACGUUUGUCUACAAAGACAAGAGAGAGGCAUCCACCAGGAAAGCCAUCAGUCAAGUGCUUGCUUCCAUCCAAGAUGGGCUUCCUGACACCGAGGGGGCAGAAAACUCAGAGCAAAUCAAACUGAUUCAUGACCUUCUCUCCACCAUGAUUGAUGAAAUUGAGAGUACGGGCACAUCAGACAUCUCUGGGCCACCUCAUCUGGAGAGGGACAGAACUGCAGACUUUAUCAGUGAAGAUACAACCACAGUAAUGGAAAAUCUCCUUUCAAACAGAAGAGUAAGAUCUAGAAGGUUCCUCUCUGAAACAACAGUGAGAGAAUACACCCAUGACCUUUCCCAUCAAAUCUAUCAGAUUCUCAGAAAUAGUUAUGAUCCCUCAAUCUUGUUCAUGCCUGCUGGAAAGAGUGCUUCAGACUCCUUCCUCUCUGUGGUACCAUGCAGAGAGGAAGAAAAGCAUGAGACUCCCUUUGACCUCAUAUACAGUUGUGUGGAAGAGUCAGUGAAGCGUCUCAUACUUUCAUGCUUCUUCCCUUUAACAUCAAGGGAGAAUCAGGACAGGGUUUUGCGACAUGCUUUUGACCUGGUGUCCAGCGGCAGUUCAUGCAACUCCCCUCUGUCGCAAUUGACACAGCAUGACAUGGAGGCCUCCAAGUCAUCGCCCAAGCUGUUCAGAAGCACCAUCAAUGUUCUCACCCAAGUACUGGCCAAAGAAGUCAUGGAGAGGCUAUCUGUAGAUGUAAGUACAACAUCACCUGUUGAAAGUGAUAAUGACAAAAAGACCUUCAGUCAGUUGUCUGCAAGAGAACAUCAGCAACCACCAAAGGUAGAGCAGAUGGAUGAAUCAAGACCACCGAUUUCUGAGUCAUCCUCUAGAACCUCUCUGUCAGUCUCUGACAUGGCAGUUGUUGAAACUGUGUAUGCCAUAGAGGAAGAUAAGGUGAUGUAUUCUAGUGAGGCUUCUUGUUUUGCCACUAGUCCGCCUGCUGUUAUGGACAGCUUGUCUCCUUGUGCCCCUGAAACUCAUGGUGAACAAGUGCAAAUUAAGCAUGAAGAAGUGCCAUUGGUAGUGAAGGGUGUUGGACUUGCAAUCUCACCACCUUCCUCCGAGUUGCCUGAGACAGAAGAGGCCAACAACAAUGAUUACGCCUGCUUUAUCUCCAUGCUAGUCAUACGACUUCUGAGGAGAACAAUUAGCUCACACCACGCUAAAUGGGCUGAGCAGGAGGGUCUCCAUGACAAUGUGCAUGAUAUGUCCCGUGAGCUUAUUGACAAGAUCCUACCCGAGCUCUUCUUGGCCUCUGGAAUGGUCAAAUGCCAGAGCUACCCUGAGGACAUGAAGAUUUUCCGGAUUUACCAGAACUUGUACCAGAACCUCGUCCAGGAGUAUGGGUCUUCCCAAGGACUCAAGUCGGCUGUAGAGGCUCAGGAGUCAUCAUUUGACACGUCACUGAUAAAAUUACUGGCAAAGGAGAUCCAUGCAGCUCCUUCCACUGGAAAUGGUCCUGAGGUAAAUACUGAGAAUGGAACUAAGGCCAGAAGAUUCCAGCUGAGUUCAAGAUUCCAGACCCCAUUCCAAACCUCAAGAUUCCAGCUGAGUUCCAGAUUGCAGACCCCAUUAAAGUUCCCAAAAAUCCCAAUCAACAUGGAGCAAUUAAGGGCAUUACACCUACCCUCUAUGAAGAAGAAGCAGAACAGUGAUGUGGUUACAACUGAUUCAAACACUGCUCCUGCCACUGGCACAUUUACCAGCAAACUCCAGGGGAUGCGGGAAGGCCUUAAACCGUUGGGAAGCUGUCCCUUUAGGAUGCCAAAAGUUCUAUGGCCUACUUUAAAGUUACCAAGGAAGUACAAUGAGAUUGCCCCAUGUUUGAAUCUGGAGAGAUCUGAAGAUGUCAUUGAAGCUGAUAAAAAUAUAGCCUCCAGCUAGACUCUAAUGAACUCGGUGGUGUCUGCAGUGACUGAGGUAGUAUCUGAACCGACUCUACUGCCUGACAGGAUAUUCUCAGAAAUGGUUCUUUUUCAACAAGCUUUCCAGUCCUUUGACAGCUAAAUAACAUUCCAUUAACUUUAAUCAAUCCUUUUACCUGACCGAUCAUUAAACUCUCUAAUGAAUGAA